AUGUCAAUGCCAAAAUACAUAGAUGUGUCAACGUACAAUCUCCUUCAAGAUUUGAAAUCAAAUUACGCGCAUGUUCACGGAUAUCUCAGCACGGUGGUGUGUGUUAUAGGUAUUUUAGCGAACGUCGCAAAUGUUGUGGUGCUCCAUAAAAAGCACAUGCGAACGUCUACAAAUAUCAUACUCAUGUGGCUGGCCGUUGCCGACCUAUGCAAAAUGCUUGAAUACGUUAAAUCACAAGGAAUGCGCAAGGAUGAUGUAGAGAAGCACCAAGAACACUACCGCACGACGGCAAUGCUCUUGGUAGUGGUUAUACUAUUCUUGAUUGUUGAGCUGCCACACGGAAUCCUGAAGUUGCUUAUGAUCUUUAUGCAUGAACUACAUGAUGAAGUGUAUAAUCCUCUUGGAGAUAUCUUGGACAUUGCUUCAUUGUUGAAUAACGGUGUAAACUUUGUUUUGUAUUGUUCGAUGUCAAAGGAAUUUAGGGAUACAUUCAUCGCAACGUUUUGUAAAUGUGCCAAUGCCGAUGAAGAGAGGGAAAAGUGGAUAAACAAAACUUUGAUUUCAAAACUCAAUGAAGCCCACAUAGUAAGGCUUUCCAAGCCACAUGCCAAUGGAUCGCUCGGUCACAUGGUUUAG